AAAAUCUGGAGGACCACUCUUGUCCCGGCUUUCUGAAAUAUUUUGGAGAAAAACUAGAAUAAAUUAGAAUUAGUCAGCAAAAUAAAGGAAUAUCUAGCACUAUGACGGCGUUUGAAGAAUUCGGUGUUAUGCCGGAGAUUGCAAAGGCUAUCGACGAGAUGGAAUGGAUGUUGCCAACCGAUGUCCAAGCUGAAGCAAUUCCAUUGAUUCUGGGCGGUGGCGAUGUGCUGAUGGCAGCUGAAACGGGAAGCGGCAAAACCGGCGCAUUUUGUUUGCCGAUUCUGCAAAUCGUAUGGGAAACGCUGCGAGACAUUAAGGAGGGUAAGACGUGCAAAACAAGUUCCCACAAAGGGCAACCUUGGACGUUUUCGUAUACCGAUCGUGGACAGGCGAUGGCUAUCACUCCGGACGGUUUACGCUGCCAGUCGCGGGAAUUUAAGGAAUGGCACGGUAGUCGAUGUACCACCGGUGUCCGCGGAAAGGGUAAAUACUAUUACGAAGCAACAGUGACAGAUGAAGGGCUGUGUCGUGUUGGUUGGUCCACCGAACUGGCCAGUCUGGAUCUCGGUACCGAUCGUUUCGGGUACGGCUUUGGCGGAACAGGAAAAAAAUCCAAUUGCAAGCAAUUCGAUGCGUACGGGGAAGCAUUCGGGAAACAAGACGUCAUAGGAUGUAUGCUUGAUCUAGAUGGCAGAGAAAUAGCUUUCUCUAAAAACGGAACGUCCCUCGGUACUGCUUUCAAGCUGAGCGAAGCAGAUGCAAAAAACAACUCUUACUUUCCCGCCGUCGUAUUAAAAAAUGCAGAAAUCGCAUUCAACUUUGGCCAAACCGAUUUUAAGUACCCGUUGCCGGCUGGAUACGCAGCUGUGUGUAACGUUGCUAAAGAAAAUUUGACCGAAAAUCCCAACACUGGUCCGUCCGGUAGCGCUGAAGGAGAAGCCGCAAAGCCGAAGCCGAACGCCCCUCAGGCAAUAGUCAUUGAACCUUCGCGAGAGUUGGCUGAGCAAACGUUCAAUCAGAUUCGUAAAUUUAAAAAACACCUCAAAGACCCGGAGGUCCGCGAACUGCUGCUCAUCGGUGGCGUCAAUGUGCGUGAGCAGAUCGAAGUGCUCCAGCGUGGGGUGGACAUAAUCGUGGCAACGCCGGGCCGCCUUGAAGAUCUGAUUGGAGGCGGGUACGUGUUAUUGAACAGUUGUCGGUUUUUCGUUCUGGAUGAAGCGGAUGGACUGCUGAAACAAGGGUACACUGAAAUGAUUGACCGAUUGCACAAACAGAUACCAAAAAUCACAUCCGACGGCAGACGGCUGCAGAUGGUGGUUUGCAGUGCCACCCUGCAUUCGUUUGAAGUGAAGAAGAUGGCCGAAAGACUAAUGCACUUCCCAACCUGGGUCGAUCUGAAGGGCGAGGACGCCGUUCCGGAAACUGUGCAUCACGUGGUGUGUAUGGUGGAUCCGCAGAAAGAUAUCAGCUGGCAAUCCAUGCGUACCCAUAUCCAAACGGAUGGUGUGCACGCACGGGACAAUGUGCGUCCGGGUUCGAACACUGCGGAAACGCUGUCGGAAGCUGUAAAAAUGUUGAAAGGAGAGUACACUCUGAAAGCGAUCGAUGAGCACAAUAUGGAUCGCGCCAUCAUCUUCUGUCGUACGAAGCUAGACUGCGACAAUAUGGAACGUUAUUUGCGACAAGUAGGUGGGCAGAAAUACUCGUGCGUAUGCUUGCAUGGCGAUCGUAAUCCGAAGGAACGGAAGGCCAAUUUGGAGAAAUUCAAGAACAAGGAAGUGAAAUUCCUUAUCUGCACGGAUGUUGCGGCCCGCGGUCUGGACAUCACGGGAUUACCGUUCAUUAUAAACGUGACACUUCCGGAUGAAAAAUCAAACUAUGUGCACCGUAUUGGACGUGUCGGGCGUGCUGACCGCAUGGGAUUAGCGUUUUCACUGGUUGCUUCAGUGCCAGAAAAAGUCUGGUACCACGGGCAGUGGUGCUCCUCGCGUGGCAAAAAUUGCUGGAACACCGAGCUCACCGACGUAAAAGGAUGCUGCAUGUGGUACGAUGAGAAAAUGUACCUGGCUGAAAUCGAAGAUCACUUGACGGUAACCAUACCUCAAAUAGAGAAGGACAUGAAGGUCCCACUGAACGAAUUCGACGGAAAGGUGGUUUACGGUGAGAAGCGUAUGAACACCGGAACCGGGUAUAAGGACCACGUCGAGCAGUUGGGGCCGGUCGUCCGCGAGCUGGCCCGCUUGGAGCGAGAAGCUCAGACGUUGUAUCUGAAAAGGUUGGCAGUUUAGGUGGUUACGAUAUAGAAUGAAUAUGUAAGACAACAACUGAAAUCAUGAAAUUAAAAUACAUAACAAUUUAUUCGACAUCUUCUAA